GUUCGGGCGCACCGCAAGAUUCCACCGUAAGCACGACUAACGCAGAGGAAGGUGUUGAGAGUGUAGAAAGUGCUAAGAAAUAUCUCCAAUCUCGAGGAAUUUACUCGAUCGAGUGUUAUAAAUCUUUGAAUAUUUCACUUGAUUCUCCCGAGAAACGAAUUGAUAGUGUCAGUGAAAAAACGAAUGAAACCAAAUCCGAGUCGAAAAUACAAAUGAAGUCUAGUAUUAACCAUUUGUAUCCUGCGAGUUUUUCAUGUGAUUCCUCGGAAAAACGGACUGAUAGUGCUAGUGAAAACGUUAAUAAAUUUGAAGAAGAAGUGACGAAUAUCAUCAAAUCUGAACCAAAGUCUCCUCACGAACCAUCAAAUUCUCAUCAAGAUCUAUACCAAAUGCAAUAUUCCCAUCCAGCACAUACUCCAAGUAAUUCUCUCAAAAAACGAAUGAAUAGUGUUAGUGAAAAAACCAACAAAACCAAAAAUAGCUUUAAAUCUGAAUCAAAAUCUAAGAAGCAAGGAAUAAACUCAAUAGACUAUUCUCAUCCAGCAUGUGACUCGAAGGAAGUAGCUCAAACAAAAACCGAUGCACCGAAAAGCUUCAUGCCAGUCAAACCGGAACAUCCAAAGUCUACACAAGGAAUAUACCCAAUGGAGUAUGAUUAUUUCCAUCCGGCGUAUCCUGGUGAUUUUUAUCAACACAAUUUGGCGUCCAAUCUGCUGCCUUCCGGAGACGCCGCGUUAGUGGAAACUCUUUCGCAAGGAAUUGCGCUGGAGGAAUACAUGAGAGUCUUGAGCCAGGAGCAGCACGAGAAAAUGCUGGCUGCUAAGAAGCAAAGACCCAAGAAGUACAAAUGUCCUCACUGCGACGUUGGUUUCUCGAACAACGGACAACUAAAAGGACAUAUUAGGAUACAUACUGGAGAGCGCCCGUUCAAAUGCGACGAAAAGGAAUGCGGGAAAACCUUCACCAGAAACGAAGAACUCACUAGACACAAGAGGAUUCAUUCAGGACUGCGACCUUUUCCUUGUACGCACUGUGGAAAACGUUUCGGAAGGAAGGAUCAUUUGAAAAAGCAUUCGAGGACGCACUUUCAAUCUAGAGGAAUGUACGCCGUGCCUGUUAUGUUGCCUGUCGAAGCUUGGGCAGCUUCGGCUAGCAGCUAUCCAUUUAUACCGAUGUUCGGAUUUUAGCUCAAACUAUAGGUAAACAAUUAAUGUAUAAUAACCAAUUUUUGUAACGCACUUACACUAUUAAUAAUUGCAACUAAUAACUAACAUUUAUUCUGUUUUGUAAAAAUCAUAACGUUACUUAUUGAUUAUACUAUAUCCUUUAAAGCACAAACUCCAGAGAUAUAAAUUAAUAUUUGAAAUAACCCUACAUAAACCCAAAUUUGCCUCCUCAACGGCGGUAACUACAGUAGAAAUGUUUUCAUAAUUAUUAAUUCUAUUAUCCUGGAAAGUAGCUUUUUCCAUUGGCAGGACUAAAAAUAUUCCGAGUUGUUAAUGGAAUAAUUAAAAACUUUCUAAACGUGCAUCUGUAAUUUUAUAAAACAGAAUUUAUUGUUGCCGUUCGAUAAUUUAAAUUCAGAUUGUAUGUACAUAUUGUAAAUAAAAUUAUUUUGAUUACAAAUAAAUUUCGAGUGUAAAAAUGUGAUAAUGUGAAUAAAACUUUUCUUAAGACUGAAGAAAAUAAAU